CUGACAUUUGAUGAAGUAAAUAUACAUAUAAAUUUUCAAGAAAAAUACAAUUUAAUACAAGAUGUCCCUUGGAAAAUAUCUUGCCCUCGAUAAAAUAGCCAAUUUUUUCACUGUUAUCAAACAAAAUGGUGGAAUAAGAGGAUCUUUGUACAAAAUGUACAGACAAGAUGACUUGAAAGAUGGAGUGUUGGUUGGUCAAGAUGAAUUUGGCAACAAAUACUAUGAGAAUCCUCGUUUCUUUUUUGGUCGCAACAGAUGGGUUGAAUAUUCUGAUAAUUUUAACAUGGAUUAUGAUGGUAGUCAGGUUACCGCUGAAUGGUUUGGAUGGCUUCAUUACAAAACAGAUUUGCCACCUCAUGAGGACCCAAGCAGGCCCAAAUACAAAUGGAUGGUGCCGUUUACAGAAAAUCUGUCCGGGACAACUGGACAAUAUACUCCUUACAGCACCACAAGGCCAAAGAUUGAGCCAUGGGUACCCCCACGUAAGAGCAGCGUAUAAUAUGUCCUAAAUUAAAUAUUUGCUAUCACAAGGUUAAACCAUGUUUUCCUAUAGAUGUUUUAAAUAGUUCAAUGGCUCCUAUGUAAACAGUUGUAACCCACAAUUUUGUUAUUUGCUUUAUG